AUGAUCGCGUCGUCUGGAAGAUGUUUGAUCCUGUAUGUAUUGGCGGGAGCGUUACUAAGCGGCGCGCGCGGGAAAUGGGUCGAAGGACAUGUUGAUACCAAAGAGAACUGGGCAUUCCUCUCUCGCUUUUGUUUCCUAUCCUUGGAGGGUCAGUUCGAGUAUUUAAUAGAGUUCGAGCGGGACAUGGGCAUGCCUAAUCUACUACUUUACUACGAUGAUGAAAGUCAAUGGCCUUCUGUUUAUCACAGCAGCAUGUCGUGCAAGGAACGCGAGGCCGUGCUAAACAAGAACGGACAGAACCAAAUCAUAAAAUUAUCUCACUGGUAUCCUGACACCGAAUAUUCUGGGUGUAUAGUUUCUAGAGCCAAUAAAGAAUUGCCAGCGGAGAAAAGCUCAUCAACAACUACAAAACCUACAACGAAAAAGAAUAUUCAAACUACCAAAAGUCAUAAACUUGAGCCGCCUCUCAACACUUCUUACUACGACCAAUUCCUUAAAGCGACUACACCUAACUCUAAAACCAGCACAGCUGAUGUGAACUCAUCAACUUGGUUCGAAUUGGUACCAACUGGCGCUAUCAAUCUAUCAACAGUAUGGCCCGAAGACGAAUGGGAGACAAUUAGUCCAAAUGAAAACGAUAGUCCUUCCGAAAGUUUGGAAGAUGUCGAGAUCUUGUUUGAUAACAGCAAUAGUAGCGGGCAUAAAAUAAAGCGUUCAACAGUGGAACUGUAUGAGCGGUAUAAACGACGGCGAUUGAGUUCACUGGGUGAGGGGGCGGGGGCAGGUGUAGGAACGGGGGCCGCGGGCAGAGAGCGUCUAGUCGUCUCCUGCCAUAAUUCUAGAAGGUUCCGUUCUGCGAGGGAACGCUGGUGGUUCAUUGCAAUCAGCAACUGCAACAGUCCUAAGGGCUUGGAUGUGAGAUACAAGUUUUUGAUGACCAACGGCCCCGAUGGAGACUUUUGGCAUCAACAUUUCUCCGCCGACGAGUUCUAUGUCCUACCUAUCCUCAUAGCGUACACAUUCGCGUACGUACUGCUAAUGGUGGCGGUGGUGAUGUGCAGCGUGGAGCUGCGGUCUCGUCACCUGCUGCACUCCACAUACAAGCUGUUCCUAGUGUCAGUGGUCAGUCAGCAUGCUGGUGUACUGGUGCAGACUCUGGCUGCUAUCAGAUAUGCUGUCUCCGGUGUGGUGUAUAUGACGGCUAGGACUACUGGUCAAUUCCUGUGCGGCAUGUCUGAGAUGACAUUCCUACUCCUGCUGGUUCUAAUGGCCAAAGGCUACACCAUCACACGUGGCCGUCUCAAGGUUGGCUUUACUGUCAAGCUGACUGUCUUCAUGUGCUGCUAUAUCGUCACAUAUAUCGUACUCUUUGUAUAUCAGGCUAAGAUGUUCGACCCUGGCGAGGUUCUCUACCUAUAUGAGAGUCCGGCUGGGUACGGGUUGAUCGUGCUGCGCGUCGCCGCCUGGGCCGCUUUCGCUUACGCCACAUUUUUCACUGUCAAGAAAUAUCCCGAAAAGAAUACAUUCUACUGCCCUUUCUUUAUAUGCGGUACGUUGUGGUUUUACGCGGGACCAUUGUUUAUAUUGACUGCGAAUUCAUACAUAGAUAAAUGGGUGCGAGAGAGCGUAGUAAUAGCUGUCCUACUGUUUAUUACCUUUACUGGACAUAUCAUGUUUUUGCUAUUGACGUUGCCUGUAUUUGCAAAUAAAAAUUUCCCGUAUCAUGUUAGAACGACUCAGAUAGGCAUUAUGGAGGUAACUGGGAACUCUUCUUUGGAUAGGUUUGGUGCUAAUGCUUAUCACCCUUCUAAUGGAGUACCACAGACUGUAAUUAUACCACUCACAAGACGAACAGAAGAAUUUAUAGGCAACAUGUACAGUCAAUACAUGGCUUCAGCACCGCCGUUGUCUUUGGAAAACGAAACACCAAAACUAAACGGAUAUUUGAAGCGGACCGAUUCUAAAAGAGUACAAAAUAGUCUCACAACUCAAGAUAGCACAGAAACGAAUACAUCCGAUGAUAUAACGCCGCAAAUGGUUAAUGAUAAACAAAUAUUCACAGUCGAAAAUCAAAUGGCAAAGAUCGAUGGCGAUGAAAAACAAGUUCCAAAUAUCGGUAUUGCAACUCGAAACGAUUUGCCCAAUGUUUUAAGACCUAGGAGAAAUAUAUUGGAACCGAUUAAGAAAGAAGAUGUACCUUCUUGGUCCUUGGCUAAAGGUCCCUGUGUUGUAGCAAUGCAAAGGAAAACAAAGAGUGUUGAUAAUGAAGACCGGCCAGAAUCACCUAGUGGCAGCUUACUUUUAACAAACGGUAAGAAAGUACCGCCCGUACGUAACGGACUGCGACAGACAUCCGGGGAAAUCUCUACAAUACAUGAAGGCCAUAUACAAAGUUAUCAGAACACUGUCAGCAAAGUAACACUAGAUCUAUUUAAUGCUAGUAAAUAAUUAA